AUUUCGUGAACGCGCGUGGCGCUGGUGGCCGUCGCGCGCACCGCCCUUUUUGGGCGUCCGAAGGGGACAAGAUGGCGGCGAAGGGCGGAAAAAGCGGUUUUCUGUCUAAAUGGAAGAUCGAUGACAAGCCGGUUAAGGUUGACAAGUGGGAUGGUGCAGCUGUGAAAAAUGCCUUGGAUGAUGCUGCUAAAAAGGUCCUUCUGGACAAGUACGGGUAUGAAGAGAAUUAUGGACUCAUUGAUGGACGACUCCUCAUUUGCACAAUCUCCUGUGUCUUUGCAAUAAUUGCACUUGUUUGGGACUACAUGCACCCUUUUCCUGAGUCGAAGAGUGUCCUUGCGGGUUGUGUCCUUUCCUAUUUUGUUAUGAUGGGGAUUCUCACGUUUUAUACCUCUUACAAAGAGAGGAGCAUAUUUUUAAUUGCUAUACAGAAAGACCCAGCUGGAUUAGAUCCCGGUGACAUCUGGCAGCUCUCAUCAUCUCUGCGGAGGUUUGAUGAUCAGUACACCUUGAAGAUGACUUUCAUUGAUGGGCGAACCAACCAGGAGCGGGAGAGGGAGUUUACCAAAUCUCUUGAGUACUUCUUUGAUGAGUCCGGUACCUUGGUUAUGGAUUUGUUUGAGAAUGAAGUGUCCAAGCUUCAUGAUUCCUUGGGGAAGAAGAAGAAAAUGAAAUAAUGUGCGUGCUUCUUUGCAUUAUGUUGUAUUGCUGAGAUAAUGUCUGCAAAGAAAAGGGGAAAAAAAACACUUUUUGAAAUA